AUGAUAGAGACACGUGCUGGUCCUCAGGCUCACCUGCAGAGACUGGCUGAGUGUCUGCGCUGGUCGUACGGAGCUGGGAUCGUGCUGCGCCUCGGGAACAUCGCACGACUAGAACUCAACUACUGUGUUCCUAUGGGAGUGCAGAGCGGAGACCGGAUCUGUGAUGGAGUACAGUUUGGAGCUGGGAUCCGCUUCCUUUGA